UACAUCACCAUUUCAUGCACGCAUUUGUUAAUUUUUCGACUUUUCGUGACAGCACGUCAUUUUCGACAUUUGAUUGAUAAUUUUCUAAAGAUCCAUCAAAUUAGUUUGUUUGAAAGUUGGUUUAGGCGCUAAACGUUAGUAUUUUAUUAUUUUCGCGUUACAUCGACGAUGUGAUAUUGAGGAUUCCAUAUUUGGCGUUCGUGGCUACGGUCCAAGAUGACUGCCCAAAAGUGUGUUGUAGAGGGCUGCAACUUGGAAUACGAUGUUGUCUGCAGCUUUUCCUUUUACAAUGUGAAUACUUCGUCAGACAAUGACACCAAGCGACAGGAAUGGAUCGAGGGUGCGAUGCAGGAGGACAGCGAGUGUCUAUGGAGACAUGUCAGCCUUCAGCUUUGUGGGUACCAUUUCGAGCUGGACGCUCAAGGCCUAUGGAUCGACUCCCCGAUGCUGCCGGAACUCCUCACUUGCCAGGAGAAGUUGGCCGCCGUGCCGCAAUCGCCAGCUGAUAAAAAAGGCGGCGGCGGAGGCUCCGGUUCCGGUUAUCAUGGGGCCUUCGAAAAAUUCAUCGGAGGCGAGCGGAAAGUGGCCGAGAUGGUCCGCCUUGAGCACAACUACAGCGCGGAGCCCCAAACGCCUGCAGCCGACAUCUCGAGGCUCAACGUGCGCCAGCUCGUCGACACACUUGGAUACUUGUCCCUGAAGAAUCUCCAGCGCAAGCAGCUGUGGGUUGUGAAAGUGGAGACUGAUAAGGCGGAGGCUUCCAUCACCCAGGCGGAGCAGGUCAUCACCAAGAUGACUGACCCCAAGCAGAUCAUCGAGAUCGUCCCUCAGACAUCGUCAGCAGACACCUCAAUGGAGCAGCAUGAUGGCAGCGAGCACCACAACCAGAGCGCCGUGCUGCAGAUGAUUGACGACACCACCAUACCAGACAACUUCAUAUACGAGAUCGCCGAGGAACAGGAGAUCACCAUGGAGGAGGUGAAGGAAAUCCCCGCUGAAGAGCAUAAGGAAUGGACGGUGAACGUGGUCCCUGAGGAGUCCCGUCCGAAGUACGCCUACAUCAAGCACUGCGCCACUGGUAAGAAGAAACGCCAUUUCACAGCGGACAUGAAUGAGAUAACCUUGCAGGGUGACUUCGAGAACUACUACAUACUACCAGACGUAGACCCUUCAGUCGGCGUCGAAAUCACAACGAGCUACGAACCAGAAAACUACAUAGUCGAGGAAUACCAGCAUUUGGUGCUCGAAGACCGCCCCAAGAAGAGACCGAGGGAGUCAGACCCAACAAAAAAGAAGAAGAAGAAGAUUACCCCAAUGAGAGAAGACGGUGUGAAGGAAAUACAAAUAAAAAGUGAAAUUGGGGAAGAUUGGGUCAUCCAGAAUGAUAUUGUCUACGAUCAGGAUGGAUCUGAUGAUUAUGAUGAUAAAAAAGUGAGGGUGCGACGGAAAAAUAAAAAAUACUUAGGGUAUGACUUUGUCACCUAACUAUCUAAUAGUCUA